AUGCGGCCCACGCAGACGCAGAGUUUGCCCACGUGGGCGCCCACGUCCGCGCGCGCCGUGUCGGCCGCCCCGCCGACGUGCCAAGCGGCCGCCGCCACGGACGACGACCCGCUCUACUUGUCGGGCGAAGAGACGGACUGCGACUCGGAGCGCAGCAGCGGCACACUGAGCCGCGAAGACCAGCAGGUCAUGGCCAAGUUCAUCCAACUCGAGCGCGCGCGCGCGCGCAAACGGGCGCCGGACGCGACGGCGCACCCCGACGUCGUGCGCGCGAGGCCCGUCCUGAUCCCGUUGCAGUCGCGCCAGUACGUGGCCACGUCGACAAAGCGGUGGCUAUGGGACGACGACGACGAGGCCGACGACGACGAGUGCAGCGGCUGUCACGAGCGCGGGGCGCGUGGGUUCGGGCCCGUGGCGCCGGUCGCCGACGGAGUCGCCAUGGCGGCCCGCGACAGGUCAACGAGUGACCUCCUGUUCGACUUUGAGCUCUAG